AUGGACCUUGUGAGCCGCGUGAACGUCGAGACUGCCAUCAAGGCGUUCAGAGACGGCAAGAUAGUCAUGGUGAUGGACAGGCUCGAUAGGGAAAAUGAAUGUGAUUUCAUGAUCAGUGCUAAGGGAUGUACCAAACAGGAUAUGGCGUUUAUGAUCCGUUACUCGACUGGUAUUGUUUGCAUUGUAACUGACAAGAAAAGGUUGGACACUUUCGGACUACACGUUGCGACCCCUAACAAUACUGAUUCUAACGGUACUAACUUCCAUGUAGCGACUGAUCAUAUACCGACAACUAUCACUGGAGUUAGCGCUCAAGAUAGAGUGAAUACGUUGAAGGCGUUCGUAGAUCUCAAUAACCGUCCCGAAGAUUUCAGUAAACCCGGUCAUAUGUUCCCUCUGUGUGCCAGGCCCGGCGGGCUCACCGAACGUGACGGCCACACUGAGAGCGCGUACGACUUGUGUCGUUUGGCUGGUCUCGAUACAGUAGCAGCAAUUGCUGAGAUGAUGAGUGAUGAUGGGGAUAUGAUGAGAUUAGAUGACUGCAAGGCGUUCGCUAGAGACCAUAACAUACCAUUGGUAACAUCCUAUGCAGUAGUUUCUUAUACCACACCUUCUACACUUUCAGCAAAUCAGUUGUCGUCCUGCCGCGUACCACUCCAUCAUUUACGAUACACGAGUCAUUGCGAUCUACGGGUUUACCGCGGUUGCUCAGAUCCAUCACUUGAACUUGUUACUCUUAUUAAAGGCAAAGUUGAGGGAGAAUCGAAUGUACCGGUACGUAUACAUUCUGAGUGCUUCACAGGGGACGUCCUACGCAGUAUGAAGUGUGAUUGUGGUGAUCAAUUGUUGGAUUUCCUGGUCACUCUAGAUGAGGAAGAGAGAGCGGUAUUGCUAUAUAUAAGGGGACAUGAGGGGAGAGGUAUUGGUCUGGCGAAUAAAGUGAAAGCAUAUAAUCUUCAAGAUGAGGACGGUCUCGAUACUAUAGAAUCAAAUAUCAGGCUUGGAUAUGCUCCAGAUUGCCGCGACUUUGCAGACGCUCGACGGGCGUUAAGACAUCUUGGUAUUCACAGUGUUAUGCUGUAUACCAAUAAUCCCGCUAAAGUUGCCGCGCUCGGGGACAUGGUAGCAGAGGUGAAAGCGGUUCCUGCUAGGCCCAAUCGUAAUAAUAUCGGAUAUCUACGAACCAAACAAAGCAAGUUCCAUCAUCUCACUGUAAGAGA